GCCGAGAAUUCCCUUUGCUGUUAUACCAAAUACGUUGUGUACGGUUUCAUCCAGCGUUUCAUAGCUAGCUGUGAAUAGAAGAUUUAAAUUGUUCAGCUUCAUAUCUUGCUUCAAAACUUCUGAAAAGGUUGUCAUUAAUACUUGCUGUUUCAAAGGUUGUCAGAAGAUGACAUUGAGUAAGAAUAUAAAGGUAGCUGUUUACACUAGCAGUGAUAGAGAAAAUGUAAAAGGUCUUAUCACUGAAAUAAGAGAGAGAAUGGCAGAUUGUGUUGAAGAGGUUAAAUAUGUUCAGCUACCUUACAACAUUAGUGAUAUGCAGAAGAUGAAACUAGAUAAGAAUUACUACAUGUUGCUCUGUCAUUCAAUCAACAAUAGAAGAUUCUCAAUCACCAAUGUCACUGAUGCUCUUUAUGAUGACUUCCUCAAGAAAGCCAAGAAACGAUUAGGUCGCCAGAAGGUCGGAGUGAUCGCUCAUGAUUUUCAAUUUGCUGAACUCUCGUCUGAAAUCCUCGAAAGUAAGAUGAUAUCUUUUAAAAACACACAAGAAAGAACUUUCAGAAAGUCAAUUCUGCAGCUAAUCGGCGGACAACUCUCAGAUUCUCCUGUAGAACUAAACAACGAUCAAUGGCAGGAGCUUGAAAAAUAUCUCAAAAACAUAUUGAACAAUCCGAAGCCCAAGAAAGUGACAAAAAGGAGGGCUACACUAUGUUCUUGUGCCCGGAGCACACAAACAGAACCGUGAAUUAUCUCUCCGUCGCAAUAAACAAAUUCUAUUGGAAUAUUAGAACUUUGACUAGGCCCUUGAAGUUAAUGGCAGUUACCAUAAUUAUGUUUAUCUGAAGAUAUGCAUCUAUAUCCAAGGUAAAUUAGAAUCAUAAGCUAAAGGACAAGAUAAAAGAUCAAUAAGGACCAGAAAUCCAUAUCAUUGAACAUAAAACAUAUUUUGUUGAUUCUUUCGUAUUUUUUUUAACUCCCCUCGGUUAAAACGAUGUUCGAGCUCCUAAAAUUGUGCAAUGUUUCAAGCAAGGUAUUAUGCAAUAUACAUUAUUUUAUAACGUUCAUUUUUGGUUGCAAGUUUCUCUCG